CACGCAACAGUUGAUUCGCACUUGUUGCUGGCGUCGGUUCGUCGAUCGGUUCUCGAGCCCAGAAGCCAAAAAUCGGGUUGGUUGCUUGCUACUUUGGAGUGACUGCUUUUGUGUGCAGGAAGAGAUUUAAAGUGAAGUGACUUCUGGAGUGGAUAUUUGUGACGGGAAAUUUUAAAUUUUCCAAAAAUAAGUGAACAACAAAAGUGAUGAGUGGGUCUGGCAAAGGAUUACUCGGAUUAUGGCUGUACCACAGCGGAGAGCAGGAGUGGACCGUCAAGGAGGGAAGUCCGCUACACAAACGGAAGGAGUUUGCCGGCAAAUCGGCCGACUGCAGCAACGGCAACGACCACCGCGGCGACAAAACGUCCAUCAUUUUCACCCUGAAGAACCAGGUCGGUGGACUGGCCCGCGCACUCCAGGUCUUCCAGGAACUGGGCAUCAACGUGCUGCACGUGGAGCUUAACAAGAGCGGUGAGCUGUGCGAAGAGGCCGACGUCCUGGUGGACAUCGAGUGCGAUGCCAACAAGCUGGAUCAGGUUCUCCGGUUGCUGAAACGGGAGGUCCAGUCCGUAAGCUAUGCCGCUCCGAUGGAGAGCGAUGGACCCCCGCAGACGCCCCUGUCCGCGUGUGGAAGUUUCGAUUUUGGUGAGAUGCACUGGUUUCCGAGGAAGAUUUCCGAUCUGGAUCGAGCCCAGAACGUUCUGAUGUACGGGAGUGAGCUGGAUGCCGACCAUCCGGGGUUCAAGGAUCCAGUUUAUCGCAAAAGAAGGGAGCAAUUUGCAGCGAUAGCUAACUCGUAUAAGCAUGGCAAUCCCAUCCCGAGGGUUCAGUACACACCGGAAGAGAUCAAGACAUGGGGAACGGUUUUUCGUGAACUGCACAAGCUCUAUCUGUUGCAUGCCGUCCCGGAGUACAUGGAAAACUGGCCCGAGUUGGUCAAGUACUGCGGUUACCGUGAAGAUAACCUGCCCCAACUGCAAGACAUCAACGUAUUCCUGAAGCGCAAAACCGGGUUCCAGAUCCGGCCAGUGGCCGGUUAUCUCUCGCCCCGAGACUUCCUGUCCGGCCUAGCAUUCCGGGUGUUCCACUGCACCCAGUACAUCCGGCACUCGUCGGACCCGUUCUACACUCCGGAACCCGACUGCUGUCACGAGCUGCUUGGGCACAUGCCACUGCUGGCGAAUCAGAGUUUUGCCCAAUUUUCCCAGGAGAUUGGACUGGCAUCGCUUGGAGCAACCGAUGAGGACAUCGAUAAGCUGGCCACGCUAUACUUCUUCACGGUCGAGUUUGGGCUGUGCCGUCAGGAGGAUGGAUCGUUCAAGGUAUUCGGUGCCGGACUGCUUUCCUCUGUGGCCGAACUUAACCACGCCAUCACCGCCACGGAUAAGAUCAAACGGUUCGAUCCGGAGGUCACCUGCAGCGAGGAGUGCAUCAUUACAGCUUAUCAGAAUGCAUACUACUACACGGAUUCCUUCGAAGAGGCCAAAGAGAAGAUGAGAUCCUUUGCCGAGAACAUCCAGCGACCGUUCGGAGUGCGGUACAAUCCGUACACGCAAACGGUGGAGGUGCUGAGCAAUGCCAAGAAGAUAACGGCCCUGGUCAGCGAGCUGCGCGGUGAUUUGAGCAUUGUGUCCACGGCACUGAAGAAGAUCUCCGCCAUGGACGAAAAUCUCGACGUGGAAUCGAUCGAGAAGUUGCUCUCGAGCAGUUUGCAUGUGGCAGAAAAAAGUCCCAACUCGGAGAGCUCUGACUCCACGGACAAGGCAACCACGCCGAACCAGUGAAUGUU